AUGGGUUGGGGUUGGAGAUGGAUUGGGGUCGCACUCGAUGACCCCCCACCUCCCCCCCCUUUGCAGGUCCUGGAAGAUGAGCAGGCGGCUCGCUACGUCCACGGCAUCGGCAUCCAUUGGUACCUGGAUUUCAUCGGCCCCAUCCAGGACACCGUGGUGCCCACGCACGAGCUUUACCCAGAUAUCUUCAUCCUGGCCACAGAAGCCAGCGUGGGCUCCCAUUUCUGGGAACGGGACGUCAUCCUGGGCUGCUGGGAGCGGGGCAACCAAUACAGCCACAGCAUCCUGACGAACCUGAACAACUACGUGACGGGUUGGACCGACUGGAACCUGGCUCUGGAUUUGGAGGGGGGGCCCAACUGGGUGAAGAAUUACGUGGACAGCCCCGUCAUCGUGGAUAGCAGCCAGGGCAUCUUCUAUAAGCAACCCAUGUUCUACCAUAUGGGGCACUUCAGUAAAUUCAUCCCUGAGGGCUCCCAACGCGUGGGGCUCGUGGCUUCCAAAAAAUCCAAGAAAAGCCCCCUGGAAUACACAGCCUUCCUGCGCCCUGAUGGGGCUGCUGUUGUGGUGGUCCUCAACCGGUGAGCUCCGUGUC